AAAUGGGGUGAGGAGAGGAGGGAGGGGGUCGGCGCCGCUCAGAUGUUGCGCCACACGUGACCCAAUGAGGGGGCCGUAUGCAAAUUUAAUGCAAAUCAGCAAGGACACAGUGGUGACCUCUUGGCCGGUGGGACCCUCGUUGGGGUCCCAGGCCUAGUGGUCUGGGGGCCAGGUCAGGGCCCCCUGAGGGAGAGGGCAAGUCUCACCAGCUCCCUCUCCCAACCCUGGACUUGCCCGGAGCUAAAGAGAGUGCUGGAGAAAGAACUGGAAAUUUGGGGAGGGGAGUCAGCCGCUCAGCCCCUUCCUCGCCACUCCUACUCCCUCCACCACAGUGUUUGUUGUCGGGGAAGAGAGGUGUUGGGUUACGCCGCGGGGGCUAUAGUUAGAUGUGGGACUUUGCUGGUCGGCGGGACUCCGGGAACAGGCUGUGCUCGUCCAGACACCCACCGGCGGAACCAAACUUUCCAGCUCUCGAUCUCCGGCCUCCGUGAUCUCCAGGCCCGCCCUGGGCCCCACCCACGCCUGAGCCCGGGGACCUGGACCAUCUUCUUCACACCACAGAAGGGGUGUGGGUCUCUUCCAACAGCCCAUUGAAGCCAAGAAUCCACCGUUGCCACUGGUCCCACCUACAUCACGAUCUCGCCCUCCUGGCGCCCCCAGGGAUGAGGCUGACUGCUCUGCUGCUCAUCCUCAGCUGCCUUGGCCUUCAUACCUUCUGGCAGGCCCAGGCUGUUCCUAUCCUGUCCCUGGGCCUGGCUCCAGACACUUUCGAUGACGCCUAUGUGGGCUGUGCAGAGGAAAUGGAGGAGAAGGCAGCCACUCUGCUGAAGGAGGAGAUGGCCCGCCAUGCCCUGCUGCGCGAGUCCUGGGAGGCAGCCCAGGGCGCCUGGGAGCAGAAGCAGCAAGGGCUCACCCUGCCCCCUGGCUUCAAAUCCCAGCACGGAAUCGCCGUCAUGGUCUACACCAACUCUUCAAACACCUUGUACUGGGAGCUGAACCAGGCCUUGAGGACGGGCGGCGGCUCCCGGGAGUUCUACAUGAGGCACUUCCCCUUCAAGGCCCUGCAUUUCUACCUGACCCGGGCCCUGCAGCUGCUUCAGGGGAGCAAGGGCUGCAGCAGGGGACCUGGGCAGGUGGUGUUUCGAGGUGUAAGCACCCUUCGCUUUGCACCCAAGAGGUUAGGGGAUUCUAUCCGCUUGGGCCAGUUUGCCUCCAGCUCCCUGGAUGAGGCGGUGGCCCACAGAUUUGGUAAUGCCACCUUCUUCUCCCUAAGGACUUGUUUUGGGGCGCCUAUCCAGGCCUUGUCUGUUUUUCCCAAGGAGCGUGAGGUGCUGAUCCCUCCCCAUGAAGUCUUCUUGGUCACCAGGUUCUCCCAAGAUGGAGCCCGGAGCCUAGUGACUCUCUGGAGCUAUAAUAAGACCUGCAGCAACUUUAACUGCGCCUAUCUGGGUGGGGAGAAGAGGCAGGGCUGUGUGUCUGCGCCAACAGUGGGGGCAGCCAGACUCACCCUCCAACAGGGCCUUCUCUCUGCUCUUCUGGAAGACCCUGCUCUCAGCCCCCGUGGGGUUCCAGCUCUCAGGAGCUGGGCCCUUGAAAGUCCAAUGCCUGCCACUUAGGAGUCAUGGGAACUGCUGACCUUCCUAGGAAGAAGGGGCCUUUGAGCAGUCGCAACGCAAGAACGUGGUUGCAGACCCAGCCCUAGAAGCCAUCUCCCCAACCAGGACGCGGGGGAGUCUGAGGCCAUGGAAGGGUAGAGGGGGCCCUGCUAUGUGGUGGGGGCUCCCUGCUAUGUGGUGGGGGCUCCCUGGGACAAGUAAGGGUAGUACUGUGAUGACCACUUGAUUAAACAGUGUUGGAGUGUGGUGACACUGAAUUUC